AUGAUAAUUCUCAUUUGGAGCGUCGCGCUGGUCGCAGCGCUGGCGCUGUACUUCCGUCAGGCGUACUCCAGAUUUUCCAAGUAUGGAGUAAAACACUCAAAAGUUGUCCCUCUUUUUGGGAACAUGCUGAAUAUAGCCUUACGCAGGGAACAUAUGGCCAUAGAAAUGGACAAAAUGUAUAAAGAAUUUCAAAACGAAAGAUUCAUUGGAAGAUACGAAUUCAUCAAGCCCACCAUCGUACCUCAUGAUAUAGAAUUGAUUAAGAAGAUUACUAUCAAAGAUUUCGAUCAUUUUAUUGAUCAUAGAGGAUUAACUGAUGAUACUGUUGAACCUUUGUUCGCCAGGAAUUUGUUCUCCUUGAAAGGUGAGGAAUGGAAGGACAUGCGUUCCACUUUAAGUCCAGCGUUCACGAGCUCCAAGAUAAAGCUGAUGGUGCCUUUCAUGGAAGAAGUAAGUGAGCAGAUGAUAAGAGCGCUGAAGAAGAAGAUCAAAGAAUCUGAUUCUGGUUCUAUUGAUGUAGAAGUAAAAGAUCUGUCAACGCGAUUCGCAAAUGAUGUCAUUGCUUCAUGUGCGUUUGGUCUAAAAGUUGAUUCUCACAACGAUGAAAAUAACCAGUUCUACGAAAUGGGAAAAACGGCUGCUACGUUUAAGUUCCGACAAAUGAUACUUUUCUUCCUAAUGUCCGCUUUUCCAGCACUAGUAAGCGUAUUAAGAUUGAAAUUAUUUUCUAACGCAACCCACAAGUUUUUCAUCGACCUUGUGUUAGGCACGAUGAAAGAUAGAGAGGCUCGUCAAAUCAUAAGACCGGAUAUGAUUCAUCUGCUAAUGGAAGCUAAAAAAGGUCGUUUGUCCCAUGACGAUAAAAAUGGAGCUAGUACACAUCAAGACACUGGCUUUUCUACUGUCGAGGAAUCAUCUGUUGGAAAGAAAACAGUUGAAAGAGUUUGGUCCGAUACCGACCUCAUCGCUCAAGCAGUUUUGUUCUUCAUCGCUGGCUUCGAAACAGUAUCAACUGCAAUGUCAUUCGCCCUGUACGAACUGGCUGUUAAUCCCGAAGUCCAGGAUAAACUUGCGCGGGAAAUCAAGGAGCAUGAUGCUAAAAAUUGUGGCAAGCUGAACUUUAAUUCUAUUCAAAACAUGACGUAUUUGGACAUGGUAACGUCUGAGGCCCUUCGUCUUUGGCCACCAGUUAUAGCUUUAGACAGAGUUUGCGUUAAGGAUUAUAAUUUGGGAAAACCAAAUCCUAAGGCAGCCAAAGAUUUCAUCAUAAAGAAAGGCGAUAUUCUCUCAAUACCAGCUUGGUGUUUCCAUAGAGAUCCUAAAAUAUUUCCCAAUCCUGAAAAGUUUGACCCUGAACGUUUCUCCGAAGAAAACAAGCACAAUAUCAACCCUUUCACUUACAUGCCUUUCGGUAUUGGACCUAGAAAUUGUAUCGGUUCAAGGUUUGCUCUCUGUGAGCUAAAGAUGCUCCUGUAUCAAAUCCUGUUGCAUAUGGAAGUGUCACCAUCAGAAAAGACUUGUAUUCCUGCGAAACUAUCACCAGAGUCGUUCAAUCCUCGAAUGGAAGGCGGUCAUUGGUUAAAGUUUCAGAUGCGGUAAUGAGAUGUCUAAAGUGAUUCUAUUUCGACAUUAUUUGUAUAAAUUUAAUGCAAUGUAUUUUACUAAUUAAUAUACCUUAUAAGUUAACUUA